AGUGCUCAGUGCUCAGUUCUCAGCUUCAGUUCGCUUCGCUUCAGCUUUCAGUUCGCAGUCAGUUUGUCAACGGGUCGCAUGCGUGUUCGGAAAAUCGCGCAAGGCGAGUGUUAUUGUGGAAUAUCGUAAGCUAAGGCAAAUUCAAAUACCCCUAAAGUGCAGUGCCUGUGUGCAGUGAUAUACCUUGAAAUCUCCACCAAGGAACGCAUAAAAAGAAGGAAUUAUCAUGGCCUACGGUUCAACAGGCUGCCUCUUGCUGGGCCUUUUCUCCUUGCUGAUGGUUUUCAAUACAGCCUCCGCGGUGCUGCGAUGCUGGCGCUGUUCGACGGACGUCUCCAAUGGCGAGUUCUGCAACGAUCCCUUCAUGCCGGAGACCAUUUCGGAGCAGCAGCGGUACUGGAGCUACGUGAACUGCACCUACUCGGUGGGCGCCAAGUCGGUGAAUGCCCGGCCCGUCUGCAAGAAACUGGUGCAGGAAGUCUACGGCAAGCGGGUGAUUUCGCGUUCCUGUUUUUACGAGGACAUGGACGACUCGGCGGACAAGUGCGCCAAUGACCAGACAUCGUCCUACAUAAAAACCGUCUACUGCCGCACCUGCACCACGGACGGAUGCAACGGAGCCAGUGGCGCCACUCCACGAGUCCUGCUGCUCAUGCUGCCCCUGUUGCUGGCAGCAGCCUUCCGGCACUUGCCGCUGUGCAAAUGAGCCAAAGGAUCUGGCCCGGACUUAACUGCGGGACUUCAGGCUGAAGUUGAACUGGCCGGGAAUUUCGGUGCUUAGCCCGGACUUAACUGAAUUUCUUCAACAAGUUUUAGUCACUUUGCCCUCACGAAUCUGCACAAAUCACAGACGAACAGGAUGCCCCGGUUGGGGAAAGCCCGUCCAUCGGGGUCACCCUUUCGACAUCAUCCGCGUAAAUGUUACUGGGUCACCUCAGCCACGAAAAAUCAAACAGUUACUCGUAGUCAGUACUCUACACCCAUCAUAAAUCACUCGAUCACACUUAACUUUGUUGUAAUAUGUAAUAUCAUGUAAUAUCUUUAUUAUUGUAUUUGUAAUUGAACGGACAGAGCCUAAGGGCGCUGCCUGAACGUAUAUAAAUAAAUCGUAAUUAGAUGGUA